UUUGGAACUUUUCUUUUAACCCGGCUUCAAUAUUUUCCUUUCACUUGUGAAAAUGAGAACGGGUUAAAGUAAUAUUGACAGCCGAUCGACUUCCGGUUGAAUAAAUUUUCUGAAUUUUGUGCAAUUUAUUGAUUUGCGAUGUCCGAUGACCUGCAAGAGGACGGACAAACCGAACCACGACGAAACAAAACCAUGAGUAAGCCAGAGAAGCAGAAGUUCCGUGAUCCGCUCAUGAAUACGACCGCUGACGACAGCGAUGAAGCGGAGUUGGAGAGCCUUGAUCUCGACGCGUCUGGCAAAUCAGAGGUCAGCGUAUCACGGAGCUCUAGUUUGAUUGCCAACCUGAGCGGUUAUGAGGAUGACGAGGGGGAGCCACAUGACAUGACAAUCAUCGUAGAUGACCCAGAGAAACACAGCGGCACUAUGGACUCAUAUGUCACAUUUAGAGUCACUCUCAAGACAACCAGAGUAGAAUUUGAAAAUAAUGAAUAUGAGGUCCGACGACGAUACAAUGAUUUUCUUUGGUUACGACAGAAGUUGGAGGAAACAUAUCCCACCCACCUUGUCCCACCGAUGCCUGAGAAGCAUAGUUUACGCCGAUUGGAACGAUUCAGUCCUGAGUUUCUGCGAAUGAGGAGUCUGGCUCUCCAGAAGUUUCUGAACAGAGUUGCAGAUCACCCCGUCCAGUCCUUUGACAAAAACUUUCAUGUGUUCCUUACAGCUAAAGCUUGGGAAUUUCAAGCGCACAAGAAGCAGUCAACAGGAUUGCUGAGUCGAGUUGGGGAGUCGAUCCACAAUAUGAGCACAUCAUACAUGUUGAAAUAUCGGAAACCAGAGUUUGCUGCCAUGCAAGACUAUAUGUUGGCAUUUGCAGAGAAACUUGGAAGUGUAGAAAGAAUAACACAAAGAAUUGUGAAAGAACAAACAGAGUUCCACGUGGAUCUCCAGGAGUGGGGCCCCAUCUACACACUGUGGGCAAACUCAGAAGAUCAGCUUGUAUCUCCACUCCAUUCCAUGGCAAAAGCUGUAGAAGUUUCUGCUAACUCUCUAAAGGAAUUGAUCGAUGGCACUUAUGACAACUUUUCCCAGCCACUGCGAGAAUAUAUCCUGUAUGCAGAGUCAAUUAAGACUGUGUUACGUCGGCGUGAUGCGAUCCAGUCAGAGUAUGAACAGACCCUGGAUGAACUGAACAAGCGUAAAGAAGAGAAGGAACAGGUAGUCAAUCUGAAGAUUUCUGACCAGACAUACUCGCUAGGGGCAUUCCUUGGGAAGGAUCCGGACGAAGUGAAACAGAACAAGCAAGAUAAACUGGAGCAGAUGGUCAAAGAUUUGACUCUCCAGAUGGAGACCCAGAAUGAUCGUACGGCGGUGGCCGACAGUGAUCUUCGGGCCGAUAUGGAACGAUGGCACAAAAAUAAACACAGGGACCUACGGGAACUGUUUGUGGAGUGGGCAGAUAGGAAUAUACACCGCUAUGAAAAGUGUUUGAAAAGCUGGGAGGAGACUAUCAAGUUGAUCCAGGGGAAAGAUGUGGUCCUGCCUACCUGUGAUAAAGUCAAGGACAGUGAUAAAGAGGUCUCAUUAGAGAAAGCGGAGAGCACAGAAACUGACAGGACCGAGUCUGACCUUAGUUAGAUGAAUGGAACUAUACGACGAGAGGGAUAUAGUUAUACGUGUAUGCGUGUGUUCAGACAAGAGACAGUCUUAAAAGCUUUUUUAAUCCAUACUAAAGAAGAAUGGAUAAAACAUUGUUGUCUUUUUACAGAGUUGCUUCUCAUCUUGGUUAAGAGACUUGUUAGAUAAGAAUGCAUUCAAAUAUGCUGAGGCUAAAGAUUUUUCCAAAAUUGGUAGUUGUAGUUCUUACAAAGUCAAAGGGACGCAACUUCAGUUUGGAAAUACUUUGAUAAGUGAUAGAUGUGAUAGAUGUUAUCGAUAUAUUUGAAUUGAAUUAACAACAAAACAGCGUUGCAAGAUGAAAGUUGUGGUGUGUUUGUUAAUUGCUUGAGGGCUUCUGCAACUUUGUUAGACAUUGUCUGUGAUGUUUUUAGGUAAUCUUUAACUUCAAACAAGACUUUUUUCAAACAUUCACAUUCAACUUUUUAUUUAGGUUACCUCUCUUUGAAUGUUACACCAACAUGUGUACAAAAAUGUACUACAAUUAUUUGUUUUAGUAAAUUUAUAGUAGCUUUCUUAGUGGGUUAGAAACCGUCAAUGGAAAAUAUAAUACCAGAGGCCUGUUUCAAUAAAGAUUUAAGCUGAUCUUAGUCAUAAAAUGAAAAUAUCUUAGUGAUGUGUUAUCAUUAUUUUGUUAAAUAUUGGUAUGAAUUGAACAUAAGCUAAGUAUACAUUAUGGUGAGGAUUUUUUUUAAAUUGAUGUCAUUUGUAUUCUUUAAACAGUUUUAAGAUUUUUGAAGUUUUGACUAAGAUCCUUGAAUGAAAUGGCCCUGGAAAUAAGUAUAGCAUAUAACAUGAAGAAUGCACAUUAUCUCUAAAAGAUUAAACAAGGAUCAGGUAGUUUCAUCAAUAGAUGGUUUUAGACCUAGGUUGCCAAUAAUUAAUUGCAUUUAUCUGGAAUUGAUUAUAACUCUAUUGCAGUUUUCUUUUAAAAACAAAAAAACAAGCGUAGAACAAUGGUUUAAAUUGCUUGAUAUUCAACAAAAAAAACCUCAAGCGACCAUUGCAAAAUUACUUCAUAAUGAACAAAAACACAGCAUAGAAUGUGGUAUUCAUAUUACUUAUUAAUACUUAAAUUCAGCUUUUUAUAACUCUUACAUUUUUAUACUCUUGAUUUUCAUUACAUAAUCAUAAUUAUUUUGAUUAUUUCCGAUGAUUUAUGAUUUAGGACUGAUUUUCAAUGCCUCCUAUAAUUGAUGGGUUAAUGGGCUGUCUGAUGUUUUAUCACUUAUCUAACUACUAUGUAGUGUAAUUGUUUGCGAAUAGUUUUGUUGUUCAUAUUUUGAUUCAAACAUGUCAAACCUACAGUAAAUGCAUGUAUAGUUAUUUAUCACUAGUCAUACAGUGACCAGUCGUUUUUAUAUAUUUUAGCACUCAUACAUAUGUAUGGCCGUAUGCACAACUGAACCUCACGUGAUCUAGGCUAAAACUUGAAUAGAUAACAGUUAAGAUAGUUUAAUCCUUUGAUCGAUUCAUUCUAGGAUUAGAUUGGGUGGGCACACGACCAGGGCCAGUAUUAAAUAUAGAUAUUAUCCUUAGACACGCCUCAGCGAUUCCAAUCAGCCUAUAGGUCAGCUAAAUAUACAGGCCAAUCAAAACACUUCCUAAUUUUAAAUUUAAGUUCAAUCUAAGUUGCUUAUUGAACUGUAUUAGUUAUUGAGAUAGCUAUGAUAGCAAUGCUGAAGUAUCUUUUUUCCGUUAUCUUAACUGAUUUGAAUAGACUCAUUUGACACUUAUCGUAUAUUAAUGUAAUAUGCACCUAUCACUGUUUCUUUGUUUUUUUGUUUGUUUUAUGUUUGUUUUGAUUUUUAAUUUUAGGCUGGGGUUGGCAUACACAAGGGAUUUAGAUGAACUGAAAAUCAGCCUAGGGGUCGUAUUCAAUAUCUUUCUUAUCCUUAGAGAUUCCUCACUGAAUCCAUUCAGUCAACUGGCCGGUUAUUUCUAACUUAUUACAGUCCUAUCAAUAGUUUUUUUGUAUCUUAAAAUUGAGUUAAAUCUAAGGUGGUUACUGAAAACAACCCAAAGUCUUUUUACCAAAGUUUCAGUUGUCGAGAAUCACUCGCUGUCUUAAGUCCCAUAUAUGCCUGCACCCUAACUGAUGAAACUAAUCAUUGAUAUAUGCAUAAUUUGGGACCUAUGUCCAUUUUAUUCCUCUGGUUGGUUGUGUUCCUGUGAUGUUUCAAUGUAUUUUUGUUGAUAUUUAACCCAUAUAAUGAUUCAUAUUUUCAGUGAUAAUACUCAAUUUUGUUUGUGCCAGUUUUUAUGUGUUAUUGAAUUUUGCUAUCAUAAUAAUUACUGAAGCCAGAAAGCACACCGUGACCUUCAUGUGCAUUUCAAGAUGGUUCCAUGUAAAAUGUACCUAUUAAAUGCUAGAAACUACUCGGAAAAAUAUUACCUCUUUAGAACAAGAACAAAAAUCAUAUUAAUCACACAGUAUGUAGUUUUCAAAAUAUUUUCUAGCAAAUUUUAUUUUAUUGUCAAAAUUACUCAGUUUUUUUAUUAUGAACCAGGAAAUGCCAAACCUUUCAAAGUUAUAACAUUGGGUAUGUUGUUGGGCGGGCAGGCAGGUGGAGGUCAACAAUUGUGCCUGGUCUGUUAUGUUUUCGUUCAUAGUUAAAUUUUGAAACCAUUAUGUAGUAGUGUUAAAUUGUUAAUCAUUUCAUGCCAAUCUUUAGCAUGAAAGACCCAUGUCUGCCAGUCAAAGGUCAAAGUCCCACAUAAGGGUCAGUGGUCAAAAUUCCUUGUAACUUGUCCGAAGCAUGUCCAUAAUUGGAGAGAUUUUAACUAACUUGGCAAAGAUGUUCACCAUCACAAGCCGCUGUGUCACAUGCAAGACAGAUGUCAGUUGUUCCAAAGUCAAGGCCACCCUUACGGAUCAUUGUGUCAAAAUUUCUUGUCUUUUUUAUGUUUUCAAAGAUUUUCAUUAAUGUUUGUGCAUAUAUUCACCAUGAUAAGAUGGGUGUUACAUACAACAACUUCACCUGUGUCUUGCCUAACAGGUGAGAACAUUUAUAACAUUAACUUAACAGAAGGAAGCAUAUACAGCCUAUUGAGUUACCGUUGUCCAUCAGUAUCACUAUGCCUAUCCAUCACCCCUUCAAUUUACCCAAACCUUCACAUUGCUCAACUUUUGAAAACCUGGUUUUUAUUGCAUUGCAGUGUGUGUCUAGUCUAGAUUUUCAUAUUAUGAAAUAUAUCCACGCCUUCCUUCAUAAUCAUGUUUAAUAGGUGUAAAAAAACCUUUGUAUUGUAAACAUACCUUUCAUGUAUAUUUUUUCAAAAUAAUGAGGAUUUUUUUUUUAAAUAAAAACAAUCACCUUUUUUCUAAUAUCAUUUUGUUGGCAAAUUGCAUGCUCAAAUGUUCUAUCUUGAGUUAUAACUAAUCAUAAAAUGAGGAAUGCAUUUAAUUACAGAAAACCAUUUCUUUUAUCUUGACUUCAAAAUAUCACUGUUUAGUAGACCAUGCUUCUGCCAUGUUUGGCAUUUAUACGGGACCAGUUUGAACAGAUAUGUUAAGUUUUUAUCAUUUUGCUAUCAUUACUAUUUGGGUCAAAAGUUGCUUAUAAAGGACAGUAGAGAAAAAAAGACGCUCACAGCGAUGUGCAGUCUUAAUACAGAGGUGCACCACUAUAGUAAGACCUACUCCUCUAUUUUAUGUAUAUUCUAUAUACUAUUAUAGAAUAUUCUUUUCCGUAUUUAGUCAUGCACCUGCGACUUUUGACCCAAAUGGUAUGUCAUAUUUUGUUGGGCAUUCUGUCGACAAUGUCAUAAUAUCCUAUACGUGUUCAUCGUGUAGUUUCAGCGAAAGGGUGAAGGUCCAGUAUUUAUACUAUUCUUUUGUUAAAAGAUUAUCUUGGAAAACAAAUGUCUCUGGAUGACAUUAGACUGCGUGUUACUGUUUAUUUAUUGUUCCAUUUGAAAGGUUACUUUAAGGUCCUAUUUCACAGUCAUUGAAAUUAGACUUUUGGGUGAAAAAGCCCGAAUUCAUAUACUUUAGCUUGGCAAAUUUUUAAACAAGCCCUGCUAUAUAAAAUUCAGACUUGCAGGCUUGUGUUAAUUUCGAUCACUGAUUUCAUAUCAAAUAUUUCAAUGCAUCAUUGUGAAAUUCUUAUUUCGAUUAUAUAAUCGAUGAUUGUUUGAUUAUGUCAGAUGCUCAGUUUUAAUUUUGGACCGAUUUUCCACCCUUGAUAUGGAUACUGGAAACCCCACACCCCUCCCUCUGGCUGGAAUUAAGUUUGAAGUUCUUGAGUAAACUAUGCUUGUUUGUAUGUGAAUAAUUGCGUACUUGUGUUAUAAGUAUUCUGUUUGAAUGCUGCAGCUUCUUGUGAAAUGCCGAAAUGGUGAUUAUUGUAAGGUUGUAGAUAUAUUUUAAACACAUUGUUAAACAAGUGAUUUAAGAAUGUCAUACUGUUGUGUAUAGUCACUGUUUUAACCAUUCUAGAAUUUUGUGCAAUAUAUAUGAUUUUGAUGGCUGUAUGUUAUUUAUUAUUGAAUUUAUAAAAUUUGCAACAUGGAUAUUGUAAAACAAUAAAGAAUUAAAUAUGUAACAACAGCUUCAUCAUUAUUUU